UGCUUUAUUGAAAAAUAAUAGUUUAUUUCAAAGAAGCUUAUCUAAUUGCGUAGUGAAAAAUGUAUCUAAGAAAGUCAGAAGUAAGAGUUAGAGCGUGAAAGAAGUAUAUUAAAAUAGUGCGAAUAUUUGAUAAAAUCAUUACGAUAACAUUAAUCUGUGUAUAAUAAAAAAAAUUUUAUAUUCUCGUUGCCAAGGAUAUAAAAAAAAGACAACAAGGAUUGGUAAAACACUUAGGAAGUGGAAAUCUAGCAGCACCUUUAAAUAAAUUUUGUAACAUAAAUGAAAAGAAGGCCAAAAGAAGACAAUAAUGAUUAGAGCAGAACUUUUUUUGUUGUUUGCCAUUACUUUAUUUGCAAUGGUAGUUGGACAUAGCGGCAUCGGGAAGCCAAUUCGAACCCCUGCACCCGACGAAGGAAUAGGUCCUGACUGCGGUGAACAUAAACAUGGAGAAACAUUUCAAACAAAAGAUCCCUGCAUGGAACAAACGUGCAAUGCGGGAAUGUUGUUUCUUUCUGGAUGUCCUGACUUUGCACUUCCGAAAGAUUCUAAAUGCAGAAGAGGAACCGGAGAAGGAACAUACCCUCACUGUUGCGAACAUCCAGUUUGUCCCGGUGAUCCAGAAUUUUAAAAAUCAGGAAUUUAGUCGAAUAUUUUCCACGAGAAAUUUUCUUAAUGUUCAAUAAUUUUCAGAAUUACAGAAAAAUAUUUAUCCAUAUUGAAAUUUAGUUCAGAAUGGUUAAAAAUAGACAUUUUAAUACUCCUUACUUCAACGUUGAAUAAAAAUUAUACAUUCUGUGACAUGUAAAAAGAAAUUUCUUACCGGUUUUAAGAAAUCCAAAGUGACAAACUUUGUGUAUGAAAUUUGUAUCAAAAAUUUAUUGAGCUUUGUUUUGCAAUAUUUUGUAUUCUAAUAUCUGACUUAAAAAUGAGUACAAUUAUUUAAUAAUCUGUUUUAGACUGUCAACAAAAAUAUUUCUUGUGUUAAGAGAACAUAUUGUAUUGAAAAGAACAUACUAAAUGAAACAUUGAAUAAGACAUGUUUAUAUGUCUUUGAUGCGUACCAAUGCAAAUUGGCAUGAAAGUGAAAAUUUUUAUAACUGAAAAAUAAACAAAUUUUUAAAAAUUCAAA